UAUAUUGUUUAUUACUGUCACAUACAAUCAUCAUCAACUUUUUCCUUUGACUACUCGAUUCUAUCUAUCUACUAUUGCUACCAAUGAUCGCUUGGAGGCUAUGCCAGAGGUGGGCCACCGUCUCCGCCCGCCGCUGCCUUUCUCCUUCCGUAUCACGAGCUGGUCCGUCCGUGGAUACCCCUCUCUCGCAGGACAAGCUCUACCGCCCAUUUAUUUGGUUGUCUUCUGGGUUUCACUCUUCCGGAACCUCUCCUGCGUUGUUUCGACUCGCUCGUGAUUGCUCUGAGAUCAGGAUUUCACAUUUUGUGAAAAGGGGUUGCUAUUCUACUCUUCAUGUGCCUGAUGCUACAGUAGUUGGUGUAGUUGAAGUUCCAUUGGCACAGACUGGUGAAGGCAUUGCUGAAUGUGAGCUCCUCAAAUGGUUUGUGAAAGAGGGGGAUCAAGUGGAAGAAUUUCAACCACUUUGUGAAGUUCAGAGUGACAAAGCAACCAUUGAAAUAACUAGUCGUUACAAAGGAAGAGUAGCUGAAAUGUUUUACAUUCCAGGUGACAUUGUAAAGGUUGGAGAAACACUCUUAAAAAUGCUUGUUGAAGAUGCCCCAGUUCCAACACAGAAAAGUGAGGAUUUAGAAAGUGCUGAGUCUAUUCAGCGUAUAGAUUCUGUGCAGAACAAACAGAACAUUGGUGGAGUUAUAUCUACACCGGCUGUUAGAGAUCUUGCAAAGCAAUAUGGCAUUGAUAUAAAUGAUGUUAUUGGCACUGGUAACAAUGGCAGAAUAUUAAAAGAUGACAUCCUCAAGUAUGCUGUAGAAAAGGGUAAGAUAGAAGAUUCAUCUGCCUCCUCAAGUUCUGAUUUGGGUGAAUGUGAAAGUCAUCCACAUGCAUCAGAUGGAAUCGGACCAAAAUAUGAGGAUAAGACAGUUACUCUGAGGGGGUUCCAGCGUAAAAUGGUUCAGUCUAUGAACAUGGCUGCAAGAGUUCCUCAUUUCCAUUACGUUGAAGAUAUAAAUUGUGAUGCGCUUGUGGAGCUGAAAGACUCUUUCAAAUACAAUAACUCUGAUCCAAACAUCAAGUACACUUUCCUUCCUAUAUUGAUAAAAUCACUUUCAUUGGCACUGAGUAAAUAUCCCUUGGUGAAUAGUUGCUUUAUUGAGGACUCACUUGAAGUCAUUCUUAAAGGUCCCCACAACAUUGGAAUUGCCAUGGCUACACAAUACGGUCUAGUCGUGCCAAACAUAAAAAGUGUUCAGUCCCUUUCGAUCAUGGAGAUAACAAAGGAACUUUCGAGAUUACAACAGCUGGCCACUGAUAACAAGCUUAAUCCCAGAGAUAUAUCUGGUGGAACAAUAACUUUGAGCAAUAUUGGAGCAAUUGGUGGAAAGUAUGGCUCUCCUCUUCUUAACUUGCCUGAGGUUUCCAUCAUUGCUAUUGGAAGAAUUCAAAAAGUUCCACAAUUUGCUGAUGAUGGAAAUGUAUACCCUGCAUCAAUAAUGACGGCUAAUAUAGGAGCAGAUCAUAGAGUACUGGAUGGAGCAACUGUGGCUAGAUUUUGCAACGAGUGGAAAAAGCUAAUUGAGAAUCCGGAGCUGCUUACAUUGCACUUAAGAUGACUAAUCUGUAAACUGGAAUUGGAAUAAAAAGUCCCCAUCUAAUUUUAAUAAUGAAAUAAAAUUAUAAGUAUAGUUAUUGCAA